AUGCCGCCGCCGGGUUCUCCUCCCCAGCCGGGGAACCCACAGCCGCCGUCGCAUCAAAUGGGCCAUUAUGGGCUACCAGCGCCGCGAGGUCCGCCUCUCAAUGUUGGUCCUCCGACUUCGUUUCCCGGUGGUCGCGAGCUGCCGUCGUUAGCAUCAAUACCGAGGACGGGAAGCACCGGAAGCUCCAUGUCAAUAUCUUCAAUGCUUGGGGGACCACCCCCGGUGCCCAGGGACUCUCAGCCUCCACCUUCGCACUACCCUCCUCCGGCGACCGCUGCCAGCUCCGGGCCGACGUUUGCACCGUCGAUCCAGGCGUCACCUAGAAUGCACUCUGCGUCCUCCGAGUACCAGCCCUUCAGGAGACCUCAAACACCUGAGCAUGCUCGUCCUUACGAUCCGAGAGGUAGUGCCGCAGCAUCGCCGCAGGGUGCGUACUCUACAACACCGGAGAUGCAGCGAUACGGUACACCACAGGCGUACCAUCAGCGGGGACCCUCCGCACAAGAUGGCAGAGACCCGAGCCGAAUGCCCCCGGGCCCUCCCCCGAGACCUACGAGCCAGCCCAAGUCUUUCGCGAGCAUGCCUCCGAGGCCUGUUGACAUGGGGCGUAACAACGGACCGGAAGAGAUGUAUGCUCGUCGCGAAGAAAUGCCUCGAGGUGCAAUGGAAUACAACCCUGAGAGGCCCGGUCUGAAGCAAAUGAAUUUUGACGAACGCUACCGCGCCGAGCGCGAGCGCCGAGAGGAGUUUGAGUUUAGGGAAAGAGAAAGCAGACAACGCGCAUACUCGGGGGGCGAGGGAGGACGAGGACCUCCACCACCGCAGGGCGAGUACCGUCCUCAGGAAGUUCCGCGUGGGCAGCCUCCGCCGUUCAGUCGACCUCCUGAGCACCGAGAGCAAGGGCCGUGGCCACCGCGGCAGCCCCAGCCAUUUGAGCAGCAAUCCCGAGUUCCGUACGACCCUGCUGGCCUUCAUCCGCGACACCACGAAUAUCCUCCCACCUCAGCGCCAGGCUACCCGAAUCAAGGCCAUCCCGCGCCGGCUCCUCAGUACCCGCACCCGCCUCCAGGAGAUCGCUAUCCCCCACAGGGCCAUCCCCAACAGCCUACUCCCGGUCAACAACAAGCGCCUCCGCAGCAAACCUUCGAUUCUCCUGAGCGACAGCGAAUAAGUCAUCUCCCUCCUCAGGCGCAGGCGCCUCCGGCGCAUCGUCGCCCCGUGGAGGAAGGUCCACCUCCUCCGUCGGUUGCAUACAAUGCUCCACACGGCACUCCAGCGUUCGUUGACUCGCCCCGUAAUCGCCCCGUGGAGGAACAUCCAAACAAUGGACAGAGGCACUUGCUGGCGGUUCAGGAGAUCAACCGCAAGGGUCGAGUAUCCCCUCUGCCGCAGGCAGUGCAGGGGGCACAAACACAGCUGCCUGGCCCUGCAGGAGAGCCUGGCAUCAAGAGCGAAUUUGGACGCAUGUUUUCUGGUAUUGGCAGUGGUGUCACCGGGAUUGGUGUGUCUAGUCCAGUCACCACUGGAGCGCAGCUGCCAUAUACCAAUGCAAGCCUUGCCCGUCGAGACGAGACGGACGGUCCGGCGCAGGACUCUGGGCCUGACGCUGCGCCCAAACCACCAGCCAAGGGCAGGAGGAGGAAGCUCAAGGAGGAAGAUGUCAAAGGUGAUGAGGAGAGCACAGGGCGCCUCACACCAGCGGGUCGGGCUAAGCGCCCCAAGACUCAUCAACACCACCAUCACCAGUACGAAGUAUCAUUAUCCCAAGUAGACGAGACCCGUUGUACUGACCAUACUUGCCCUAUUAGCCAUCAUCAUCACCAUCACACCCAUAACCAUGGCACUGACCAUGCCAACGUUCCUGCACCUAUCGGUGUCACCCCUUUCAAGAACGUAAAAGGAACUACGCCGGUUCCAUCGCCUACAGGGCUUGCUAAGGACUUGCCGACUGCGCAUCAUCACCACGUCCCUCGGCCAACAAACCAGCAUACUCACCAAGUGAAGGAAGCGCCAGCCAAGCAGGCUGUACAGAGUCCGACUGCGGUGAUCCCUCCCAAACCGAAAACAGUCGUCAGCUCGAAGGCGGUGUUAGAAUCGGUCGCACAUCUCCCGCGGACUCACCUUGGCGAUGUGCUCUACGAACCCAAACUGAAGCCGGCGAGACAAGUGCCAAACGUCCCCUCUUCUCGCGGCUUUUCGACGACACCCACCCCUCUGCCGUGGGACAUGAUCAAGAACAAGGAGAACUGCACCCUGACGGUCAAGGUCCCUAAGGUACAUCUGACUCCCUCCGCACGAGAGGAGAUCACUGCGCGGAGAGCAGUGUGGGGAACAGAAGUGUAUACCGACGACUCGGACAUUAUUGCUGCCUGCAUUCAUGGCGGUUGGAUUCGGGGAGAAUGGGCCGAUGACAUCGAUGCGGACAUGCUGGACCUGGAUCGUGGCCUAGCCGCCCCCGAGAAGGAGGUUCCAGCGAAUAAGAGACGCAAGGAGAAAGAGAAGGAAGAAAAGGCCAGACAAGAAGCGAACGCGGCCACGUUCCUGGACAAGCCACCCAAGACUGGACCCGUCACAGUCCCUGUCGAACGCGACAUGCACGUAACUCUCUUGAUUCUCCCACGACUAGAGAAGUACAGUAGCACCACUCGGUUCGGCAUUCAGUCACGCGAGUUUGGUGGCCGUUACAAUGGACGGAAGUCGAUUCACGACGGCAUCAGUUUCCAGAUCUUGGGGAUCCGCUGGGUGACCAACGGCGCCGGAACACAGAGCCGACUCCGAGGCAAAGGCCGUCGGGAACGCAUGCGCAAGGCCAUGGGUGAGAUGAACGCCGCCAGCCGUGGCCUCAACGGUGCCGAGCUGGAAAAAGAGAAACAGCGCCUUGAUAGGAUUCGAGACGAGAUCGUUUCUGGUCACUGGUGGAAGCGAGAUGAAGCACGCGAGAACGGAGCGGGCAAAGAUGAGAGGACCCCUAGUGAGGGCGACAAGGAGAACAGGCCUGCCGAGCAGCAAGGUGCUCGCGCAACCAACGGUGCGAUCACCAACGGCGUGGCGUCGACCAAGUCCGACAAGAUGGAUCUGGACGAGAGCACGAAGGAGGUGAAGGCGUCGGCGCCAUAA